GCGGGCCGGUGAGGGGGAACCGGGUGGCGGGCGCCAGCGGCCGGAGGACGCCUGGCUGCGGGAGGCGGGGAGGCGGCUCCACAGCGCCCAGGCAGGCAAACCAAAGAAUACGGCUUCUUGUCCUCCGUUUCUUCUCUCGUAUUGGGAUUUGAUUUGCAUCAUCUCUGAGCCCGUUUAAAAAAAAAAAAAAAAGGCAAACCAAACCCACACAAAACAUGUUGUGCGGAAGGACUUCCACUCCCUGGCUGUGCUAUUAACGUUAGCAAUCAGGAAGAGCCUUUGGGGGCUGCAGGAUCUCGCUAGUCUGAUGCUGCUGCUAAAGGUUUUGGUGCAGGGAGACAAAACUGCUGCCUUUUCCAUCCACUGAUCUCUUAACAUCUGCAUUUUGCUGCUGCUGUGCUUUGGCUCACACCCUCUCUCCAUGGACUGAUUUUUUUUUUUUUCUUCCUUUUUGUUGGGGGGAGGACAAGCAGAAAAUCAAGGCAUCGCAUUGAGAGGAGCAAAAUUGCGUUUCUGUCUUGUGUUCUGGUGGAUCUGUUCUGAGGUUAAGCUUUUUGGAAAAGGAAACAUGACGUCGCCAGCAAAAUUCAAAAAGGAUAAGGAGAUCAUAGCUGAAUAUGACACUCAAGUUAAAGAGAUCCGUGCCCAAUUGGUAGAGCAGCUGAAAUGCCUUGACCAACAGUGUGAGCUUCGGGUCCAGUUACUGCAGGACUUGCAGGAUUUCUUCCGCAAGAAGGCAGAGAUUGAGAUGGAUUACUCAAGGAAUUUGGAGAAGUUGGCUGAGAGAUUCCUGGCUAAAACUAGGAGCACCAAAGACCAGCAAUUCAAGAAGGAUCAGAAUGUGCUAUCGCCAGUCAAUUGCUGGAAUCUCCUGCUAAAUCAGGUGAAGCGGGAAAGCAGGGAUCACACCACGCUCAGUGACAUCUAUCUCAACAACAUCAUCCCACGCUUUGUCCAGGUCAGCGAGGAUUCGGGGCGCCUGUUCAAGAAGAGCAAGGAAGUGGGAUUGCAGCUCCAGGAAGACUUGAUGAAGGUCUUGAAUGAACUCUACACGGUUAUGAAAACCUACCAUAUGUACAAUGCUGACAGCAUCAGUGCUCAGAGCAAACUCAAAGAGGCAGAGAAGCAGGAAGAAAAGCAGAUUGGGAAGUCAGUGAAACAAGAGGACAAGCAGACGCCCCGCUCCCCCGACUCAACGUCCAACGUCAAGUUCGAAGAAAAACAUGUUCGACGAAGCUCUGUCAAAAAAAUAGAGAAAAUGAAGGAGAAGCGCCAAGCGAAGUACACAGAAAAUAGACUGAAGGCUAUUAAGGCACGAAACGAGUAUCUGCUGGCUCUGGAAGCCACCAACGCCUCUGUAUUCAAGUAUUACAUUCAUGACCUGUCUGAUCUCAUUGAUCAGUGUUGUGACCUGGGAUACCACGCUAGCCUCAACAGAGCUCUCAGGACAUUCUUGUCUGCUGAGCUAAACCUGGAGCAGUCGAAGCACGAGGGUCUGGAUGCCAUUGAAAACGCUGUUGAGAACCUGGAUGCCAACAGUGAUAAGCAGCGCCUGAUGGAGAUGUACAACAAUGUCUUCUGUCCGCCCAUGAAGUUCGAGUUUCAGCCGCAUAUGGGCGACAUGGAAUCGCAGCUCUGUGCCCAACAACCGGUCCAGAGCGAGUUAGUGCAGCGGUGCCAGCAAUUGCAGUCUAGGUUAUCUACGCUUAAGAUUGAAAAUGAAGAGGUUAAAAAGACUAUGGAAGCUACGCUCCAGACAAUCCAGGAUAUAGUGACGAUAGAGGACUUUGAUGUCUCUGACUGCUUUCAGUACAGCAACUCUAUGGAGUCUGUUAAAUCCACUGUCUCGGAAACGUUCAUGAGCAAACCCAGCAUUGCCAAGAGACGGGCCAACCAGCAGGAGACAGAGCAGUUCUAUUUCACAAAAAUGAAGGAGUAUCUGGAAGGCAGGAACCUGAUAACGAAGCUCCAAGCCAAACACGACCUCCUCCAGAAGACCCUGGGAGAAAGUCAGCGGACUGACUGCUCCCUUGCCAGUGGCCGGCGCAGCUCCACCAUAAGGAAGCAGGAUUCCUCACAAGCCAUUCCCCUGGUGGUGGAGAGCUGCAUACGAUUCAUUAGCAGACAUGGCUUGCAGCAUGAAGGGAUAUUCCGAGUGUCUGGGUCACAAGUUGAAGUAAAUGACAUAAAAAAUGCAUUUGAGAGAGGGGAAGAUCCAUUGGCUGGGGACCAGAAUGAUCAUGACAUGGAUUCAAUAGCAGGAGUUCUGAAGCUCUAUUUCCGAGGGUUGGAGCAUCCUCUCUUCCCCAAGGAUAUUUUUCAUGAUCUGAUUGCCUGUGUCACAAUGGAUAAUUUACAAGAGCGGGCGCUCCACAUCCGGAAGGUGCUCCUGAACCUGCCGAAGACCACUCUGAUUGUAAUGAGAUACCUCUUUGCGUUCCUCAAUCAUUUAUCUCAGUUCAGUGAAGAGAACAUGAUGGAUCCCUACAAUUUAGCCAUCUGCUUUGGGCCAACACUGAUGUCUGUGCCUGAAGGUCAUGAUCAAGUCUCUUGCCAAGCUCAUGUCAAUGAACUGAUCAAAACCAUCAUCAUCCAACAUGAGAACAUCUUCCCAGGACCCAGGGAGCUGGAGGGUCCAGUCUAUAGCAGAGGUGGAAACACCGAGGAUUACUGUGAAAGUCCUCACGGGGAGAGAGCCUCAACAGAAGACUCGGUUCAGGACGUUAUGGCUGAGCACCACACCAGUGAUGAUGAGUGUGAGCCCAUAGAAGCAAUAGCGAAGUUCGACUACAUUGGCAGGACUGCACGAGAGCUGUCCUUUAAAAAAGGAGCUUCUCUCUUACUCUAUCAGCGGGCCUCAGAUGACUGGUGGGAGGGACGCCACAAUGGAAUUGACGGCCUUAUUCCUCAUCAGUAUAUCGUCGUUCAAGACACUGAGGAUGGUAUCUCUGAAAGAUCCAGUCCGAAGUCUGAAAUAGAAAUAAAUUCUGAGCCACCAGAAGAAAAAGUGACUGCUAGAGCUGGUGCCAGUUGCCCAAGUGGGGGUCACGUCGCAGAUAUUUACCUUGCAAACAUCAACAAGCAAAGAAAGAAACCAGAGUCAGGCAGCAUCAGAAGAGCCUUCCGUCAAAGUGACAGCCACGGACUAGGUAGUUCAAUGGCAGAACCAGCCUCCCCAGGAGCCAUAGCCGGUUCCAGACCCUCAUCUCAGCCCAUUAUGAGCCAAAGUCUUCCUAAGGAGGUGCCGGAUAAAUGCUCCAUCAGUGGCCACGGCAGCCUCAAUUCUAUCAGCCGACACUCGUCUCUGAAGAACAGGAUAGACAGCCCGCAGAUCCGGAAAACUGUGACAGCAGGGAGGUCCAAGAGCUUCAACAACCACCGGCCCAUGGACCCUGAGGUUAUUGCACAGGAUAUUGAAGCUACUAUGAACUCUGCUCUGAAUGAGCUGCGGGAGCUGGAGAGGCAAAGCAGUGUCAAGCACACGCCAGAUGUUGUCCUCGACACCCUGGAGCCUUUGAAGACGUCUCCAGUGGUGGCCCCCACCUCGGAACCCUCCAGCCCUCUGCACACUCAGAUCCUCAAGGACACUGAACCAGCUUUCCAGCGCAGCGCUAGCACAGCCGGCGACAUUCCCUGCACCUUCAGGCCAGUGAAGUCGGUCAAAAUGGCCACCCAGGUGAAACCUCCAGCAACUCGGCCAAAGCCGACAGUUUUCCCCAAAACAAAUGCCACGAGCCCCGGCGUUGCCUCCUCUGCAUCUCAGCAGCCUACUGACAAGUCCUGUACUGUCUGAUAAACUCGAUGCUGCUCUGUGGUUAUAACUGUAUUGUUUCACAUGAAGAGACUCUGUUAAAGACAUUAAAAUUCCUAUUUAACUAAUUUUUUUGAACUUCUGAUGAAGGUUAGGUGUGAACUGCUACUUACUGCUGGGAGCACUUCCUGGGAGUAAACUAAGCGGUAACAACCUCGUCCCAUGUACCCGCAUCAGUGAUGUUCGUAAGGCAAAACAGUUCGUGCCACACUUAGGAAAUCCAAUAUCGGGUCACUGUGAAGCUGAGGAGGAAAACACACAACAAGCGACGAGUUGGAUCUUGGUUUCUAGUUGAUGCCUUGUUCAAGUGUUUGGCCACCGAAAGAAAUAUUUCGUGGCAUCAUGUUUUGAAUACUGGUGUAGUGACUUAUAUAUUCUGUGUUCCAUUUAUCACAGGGAAACAAUAGGAUAGAUUUUAGUCUAUUGCAUGUUUUGGUGCCACUGGUUACGUGGAGCUUGGACAUGCCUGUUUCUUGUGCAUUAUUAUUAUUAUUAUUACGUCGCCCGCUGGUGCCACGGUGGUUAAGGGUCUGUCUCGACUUCCAUCACAUCCUCUGGUUUUGUUUGUUUGCUCCCCUGUUCCUCCCCCCGGGGCCAAAGCUCUUGGCCAUCCAGCCUCAUCCUUUAGUCGACACUUGUCAUGAAAAAUAGUUUACUCUGGAACACUCUUAGAUUUUGUGGAGUUAUACGUAAUAUGUGUCUGUGCAAAUAUAAACAAACAUGUUCCUGAGGUUUAGGAGCAUAAGAGCCCAGUUGUUGCUUAUGGACAAUCUAGCUGUUUUCCCCCUUUGCUCUCCCAUAUUUAAAAACGGCUUUAUUGUUUUUCAGUGUAAUUUUCAGCCCAUAGGCUAUGAUGUGGUGUGUAGUCUCGGGAGACUGAAUGUAAAAACAAGCUAACUUUUGAAAACUGAGCGUACUCUGAUGGGAGUUCAUUUACUAACGCACACGUUCUUGUUUUCAUUGUGUAUCAAGAUGGAUCCUUACCAAAAUCCCAGUUACGAGCACUGUAAAAAAACUUCAAUCAGAAGUUCUCAAACUUUGUACCUUCUCCCUCUUUCUGGUUGCAAACGCUUCGGUUGGUGGCUGUGACCGCUGUGAACUGCUUUAGGGAUCUCCGCUCUUAUAGAGUGGUGUAGGAACCACUGCUGGGGACAGGGACGUGACAGCAUGCAGCUUCUGGAGUGGCUUCCCUACGUGUUCGUCGGUAGACUGGCAUGCCUCCGUAGGACUCCGCGGAUGUGAAUGAAUUCUUAGUUAUUUGUGUUUAUAUGGUAGGCAGCAAAUGCUUCAGCCGCUAGCAGGCUGCAUGAACUCUUUUGUACUCUACUGAGAAUUUUCCACAAUGCUAACAUUUAUUUAAUUAAAAAAAAAAAAAAAGGCAUGUGCCACUUACAACGGUAGAGAAGAUCUCGCGGUCCUGCAGGAGAGGAGACUCUGGCUGACCCUCAGCUCACCUUGUUCCCAAACUUUUCUGGGAUUUAAAAACAAGCUGCACAUCUUACAUUUUCAUCAAAUAAAUUCAGGCAUGGACAAGAUAAGAAAAGUCAUUUUCCUCUCCCGUUUAGCCAAGUUUCUUUUAAAUUUGUGGGUUUCUCACACUUCGCUUCCUUUGAGACUGCAAUGUCAUUUUAAUUGGCACUUAGUAAUUAAAAAAGAAGAAACAAAACUUGCAUUUCUAAGAACAGUUUCUUCAAUGUACUUUUUCUGAUUCGUUUAGGAUGUUACUCAGAGAAAUGAGUGGGGUUCUUCUGUGGCCCAGUCCAUCCCCACGCGCACACCCCCAUCUCUACACAUGGAAUAGAUCCAUAUUAAUGAUGGUUUUUGAAAAGACCAACUUUCUCUAUGCCCUAAAUUAAGAACAUAUGAAAACUGGGGAACACCGGAAAGAUUUCAGUGAGAACGCUGCUAUCUCUGUUUCCUGCGCUGAUCUGUAGCAGCAGUUCCCGCCGGGAAGCCCUGCGGUACGUGUGUGACUGUCACCGGACCUUACCCUGUUCCUCUCGCAGGGGAAGAUCCCCAACAGUGCGACCGGCGACCUUUGCUCUCAGGUUCUGAUGGACUUCUACCACCAAGGAGUCAUUUGUUCUUUUGGGGAAAAAUAGAAUUAAACUUGUAAUUUUUUGCUCAGGCAGAAUUUUCUGGCAUUUACUUUAAGUAGGGAGUUUUUGGUUUUGUUUUCUUUUUGGUCACGAACGACCAAAGCUAAUCUGUGUCAAGAGCAGGAUCUCUGUAACUUUUCUUCGACUCAUUCGUAAUGCCUUAUUUUCUUUAUAUUUUUAUGCCUAGCAUUCAUGUUUCUAAGAAUAAGUGUCCAGCCACGCACAGCACAUUCGGAGGAGAUGCUCCUUUCUGCCUUCGAGGAACUGAAGUACGAAUGGAAUUUGGGAGAUAAAAACGACUUCAGGUUACUGUAACAGCACCUGUCUGUAUCUGAAUUACUGUGCUUAUCUCUAGCAUCCACAGCUCUGGGACAAUCCUACUGGCGAGGGGAAUAUGCUUAGCAGGAUAACCUGUAUAUUGAGCAACUCAACUGGAAUUCUGGUGUGCACUGUGAUUGACACUUACACUUAACAGCAAGCAAUACGGCAGGCUGAAGAUCGUCCUUCCUCUUCCACCUGCUCUGGGGCUGCCCAGCCAGCAGAGGAUUCACACACGCACACGGGAGAAUACAAAAAUGACAAAAAAGGAAAAUUCUAGCUUGUCUGCUUCACUCUGUGAACGUACAAGGCUGAGAGAACGUUUGCCACGAGUGUUUGACGACCAGUCGUUGCAGGAGAGGUGGGAAGGAGAAACUGGAAAUGUCGGCGCCGCUCCCUGCACAACCAGUGGGCAUCGUGUGGGAGAGCGCGAUGUGGGGCGGGCGAGCACGACGCAGCGGUUUGCUUGGGGAGGCAUCAAUGUUACUUCAUAUCUUCAUACUCAGAAGAAAGAUUAGCUCUUCCAUGGAAAUCCUCUUUCAUGACUUUUAUGUAAUGUUUGUGUCAAAUAUAAAGACAAGAAGUGUUUGAUAACUGGAAUAACGUAUGUCUGUUUGAUAGUGCUUUGUAUGAACAAAGGGUUCUUGUUCAUCAGAUGUUGGAUUGAAAUAAUCCAAAGCAAAACUUUUAAAAUAAAAUACGAUUUUAGGUGAUCAAUCUUAAUAGUUUCUGAAGCUCUAACCUUUUAUGUUUUAUUUCCCUAGUUGGGAAUUGAGCAGUGUGCUUUAACGAUUGCUUAAAUUUCUGCCUCUCUAAGGUAAUCCAAAGGCUCGCAGUUUAUAAAUUGUAAAUUUGUUCUUCAUGUCAAAGCAGUGGGACAUGAGCGAACUCUCUCACUUUAUCUGUACUGGAUAUUUUGUGGCAAUGAAAAUGAUUAAAUAAUUAGAGUGCACUGUGACAGCAGAAAAAAAAUUGUUGUAUAUGUAUGUAUUUUGAUACCUGUUCAAAAAGAGUCUUUGGGUUUCCUGUGAUGAAUACCUCAUGUGUUGGGUUUUGGGACUUUUGGUUGACUUUUUUUUUUACUUUUUUUUUUUUUUUUUUAAAGGCAAGAUUGUUCUUGCACAAAAGUAGGUUAAGGUAACCGAGUUCUCAUAAAUUUAUUUACUGAAUCAAAACACUUCGGAGUUUGGCAAGAAAUUCCAUCUGUUACAGUUCCCCACCUUGCACUUGGUCCAGGGGGAGCCGUCGCCCGGCGGUUCCCUGCGCGCCUGGAAGAGCUCUAGCAAUAUUAAGCCAAAAGAGGUCGCUGCAGAUGGAGUUUGCUGCCUUAUUUCUCUUCUGUGUGUCAAAACCUCAAAUUUGGUUGAACGUUGUCUAGGUUUGGGGGUUUGUUAAGCAUUUGAGAGGUGUCCUUCAAUAGAGAUAAAUGUCUCUAGUUAGCACGUCAGAUCCUUUACAUGCGUGUUACCUGAUAGACGGGAACGCUCUGGCGCCCGAUGAAAUAUGUGUUGAGGGAAUUCUUAAAUGAGAUUAUGCUCUCAGCAGGGCGUAGUUUGCUGGUAAGGCAAUGGUAAUGGUGGAAAAGUACCCAUCGAGGCAAUUAUCUGAUGGACGGGGUGAGAGGCUGAGCGCUCUGGCCCCUGUUGGAGGUGAGGAGCAGCCUCUGCCCCUUCCCCUGCGGGCGCUGCUGGUGCGGGGGCAGGUCGGGGGCUCGGGGAUGUCCGUGCUGGGCAGGACCGAGCCCCGGCUGCGAGGGGUGUGCUGCGAAUAUAAACACAUUUAUCCCGGGCUAGGGAAACUGCUUGAAAAAAAGCCCAACAAACUGAAAGGAAAACAGAAGUUUGGGCACUCCCAUCACCAAGGAGCCUGCCCAGAGCAGAAAAAUGAGUUUAAUAAGCUGGGGAUUGAUUUAUUUUGAGAUUUCUAAUUUUCACAAAACUGAUGAGCCUUUUCGUGGGUUUAUCGGGCCUUGGCUAACAUCCCACAAAUGCAGUUAUAGACAUAAGCCGUUCCUUUAGCAGCCCGGUAGCACUAGAGGACUUUGUGGAAGGGGGUGAUGUUCUCUUCCGGAUGAACGUUGUUCCCUGCAGGAUGUUCCCAUUCUCCGGCUCUGGGAAAACACCGAGCACUUACUGGUGCUCUGGACUGAAUUUUGGGGUUUGAGCUUACAUAUCACUUCGAAAGAUAAUCCUCUCUCGGGAUCAGCUUUCUGCUUGUCUCUGUGUGUGUGUCCGACAACCUGGUACUUGAAAAAAAUAAAAAAAAUACUUGACCCACUGCCUUGUGCCCGCCGGGCUCGGACGGGGCCGGGAUGCUCCGGCGGCUGCAGGUUUCAAUCACUCUGUCUCUGCCGACCGCCCCGCCAGAGGCAGAGGAAUUAUUUUCCAGGCUUGGUUCUAGGAAUCUAUUUUGGUGGAUCUAGAGAUGCCAAAACAGCAAUUCAAGGCUUGGAAAAUUUAAGGUGUUUUGGGGUUUGUUUUGGUUUGUUGGUUUGUUUUUUUUUUUUCCCGUUUAUAUUUUGUGCUUCCUAUAAUGUAGUUUGAGACGAGAGCGUUGUUUUUCAACGAUGGGCCAAAAAGAGGUGAAGGCGGCAAGGGAGGGCAGCUCCCUACUGUACUAAUACUUGAUCUACCAAGCUUCAUACAGGGUAAAUAUUUAGCGGUUUGCAAUGGAAAUAAUAGAUGGACCCUUCCUUGUAAAGGCACUGUAGUAACCUUACUUCUGAAGCGGACUUCACCAGCCUUGCUCUCCGGGCAGAGUCCUGUAAUUUGAAUAACCGAAGUCCAAAGGGGUUGGACUCGUGAGUGUGCCAAACUGCUGGAGCAAUACUUGGGAGCAGCGGGUUCUUCAAAAGACCAGCUCCGUGUAGCCAAAACAGGGCAAUUAUCAAAAACCAUCUCUUUGACGCAUUUUCAAGGAUCGCAGUGAUGUCGUGGUUCUGCUGUAACGUGGGAAAGUUCGGUCGCAAAGUCUAGAAAUCGUUGUUUUCUCUGUUGGUCUGAAACCUCAGUCCUGCAGUCGUGGGCUCGGGCUGGUACGGUGUGUUGGGGUUUGGGUUUUUAUUAACAGCAGUUGUUUAAUGGUGGGAUGGAAUGUUCUUGCUAAAACAGUUUCCAUUGUUUCAUGUCUUCUACACCAAUAUAUAUAUGGUGUAUAUAUUAAACUGUGUAAAAUUGUACUUUGUAUAUAUAACUCUGUACAAUAUGGAGGUACAUCCUUUUUUUCCUUUUGGUACAGUAUUGUACAGUACUAGGAGUUAUAUGUGUUGGAAAUGUUAAAUCCAUACUGGGGCAACAAAAUGUAUCCAUUGUCAUUAGCAAUAGUUUUUGGAGAAAUAAAUGUUUUGGGUAUGGUGGAAAUCCUGA